AUGGACUUCGUUCCUUCGCUUGCUGAUGACAGCUCCUCGAACUCCUCUGUUGGCCUCUUGACGCCACAGAGCAGUCCGUUAUUUCGUCCUUCACAUCCCAAGGACGCCUUUCCGACGCACAUUGCACAGAUUCUCAAUGAUUACCAACAGGAAAUGUUGCCGACGGCGAACAGAGGCGACGUGAUGGAUUUGCCGAGAACUCCCUCGCCAGAGAACCCCUCCAUCAAUCGGAUAUGCGUGAUCGGGGCUGGCUACGUGGGCGGACCUACUGCCGCUGUGCUGGCCUUGCACAAUCCCUCCGUCCGCGUGGAGGUUUUGGACAAGGACCAAGGCCGUGUCAGGAGAUGGAACUCUGGUCAUCUGCCGAUCCACGAACCCGGUCUUAGCGACAUCGUUCGAUUGACAAGAGACGGCGCUCUCAGAAGUGAAUUGACAGAGAGAGACGUCCUCGACUCGAGACGCGAUCCUAAUCUCUUCUUCACGUCUGACGCGGCUGGUAGCAUUGGCGCUGCAGACAUGAUCUUGCUUGCAGUCAAUACACCUACGAAGAGAUCUGGAGUGGGCGCCGGAAGGGCAACGAACAUGACUGCACUGGAUGGUGCUGUGAAAGAUGUUGCGCUCUAUGCAAAGACCGGCGCCAUUAUCGUCGAAAAGAGCACGGUACCAUGCGGAACUGCGCAACGAAUCAGGCAAACGCUUGCAUCUCUAAGGCCUGGCGUCCCUUUCGAGAUCUUGUCAAACCCAGAAUUUCUGUCUGAGGGCACGGCUAUCGAAGACCUCUUGAACCCGGAUCGGGUCAUAAUUGGCUCGGCAGAAUCACCAUCUGGACAUGUGGCAGCUGAUUUACUCGCAAAUCUCUACACCGCAUGGAUUCCCCGGAAGAAGAUACUCCAAGUCAAUGCCUGGUCGUCCGAGCUCUCCAAGCUGGUUGCUAACGCGAUGUUGGCUCAGCGCGUUAGCAGUAUCAACUCCAUCAGUGCUAUUUGCGAAGCAACUGGAGCCAACGUCAAUGAAGUGGCCAGGUCCAUCGGUCUAGACGCCCGAAUCGGACCCCACUUUCUCAAGGCUGGCAUAGGUUUCGGAGGAUCUUGCUUCAGAAAGGAUAUUGCCAGCCUCACAUAUCUGGCGGAGUCCCUGGGACUAGAUGAAGUUGCCGAGUAUUGGAGUCAAGUCAAUUCCCUCAAUGUCUCACAACGGCGACGCUUUGCAAGGAAGAUUCUUAGGCGAUACAACGAGAACCUGGCCGGCAAGAAGAUUGCCCUGCUUGGCUUUGCCUUCAAGAAGAACACAGGUGAUGCUCGAGAGUCUCCCGCCGUGGAUAUUAUCAAGACACUUCUUGACGAACAACCUGCGGAGAUUGCGAUUUUCGACCCAUACUGCGUCGAAGAAGACAUUCUGAGGGAGAUCGGCGCCUUCGGAUCAGCAGACAGUGCAAGCAUACCAUCUCGGGUGAAGAUCUAUGCAGACCCCUAUCAAGCUUGUGCCGAAGCGAAUGCGGUCGUUGUCAUCAACGAUUGCGAUCAAUUCCGCAACACCAUGCGGAAGCCACGGACACACUGUGUCAUUGCUGCAGCCACAAAGUUCGACAGGACAUUCUCUGACGAGGGCAUCUCAGAGCUUGGAUCGCUAUCACCUGCCAGUGGGCCGCGAUUUCCGCCCCCACGGGGCUUUGACUAUGUCGCCGGUCUUCGCGUCAAGCUCGGCCCGAUUCCGUCGUGUCCUGAAGACUGUCCUGACUGCAAGUCACGUUGCAGCAGUCCCAUUUCCAAAGAGCCCGUCGAAUGGGCGCGGAUUGUCUAUAAUAUGAGAGAUCCCAAAUGGGUCUUCGAUGGCAGAGGCGUCCUAGAUGUGGACGCACUCGAGAAGUUGGGCGACGUAAGAGUGGAUGUUGUCGGGAGAUGGAGGCCUGAAGAUGGCGGGCGGAGUUGGUGA